CGCAGUACACGUUGUCUGGCAGUGGUAAACAGACGUCAGAAGGGAGUCUUCGCCUCAAGUCAAAACAAAACAAAAAAAUAGAUACGAUGACUGAAUAUUUUGACAUCCAUAAUGGACACAAGUCAAGCAAAACUAUCUACUGAAAGGGGCAAAUUCUAAAGGAAGGUACUGAAGGCAUUUUUCCGACUUUUGAAAGGAUUUAAAACUCCGAAAUAACUGGAGUUAGCCAGCUAGCUAGGUGGCUAUUACGCUAUUUCCACAACUACGUUUGGUGUGUUGAGAGUGCAGCCGAUGUGUAAGAGAGUAAACUUCAAGAAACCGUGGAUUCCGAACCGUGCUUUAACGUAUCCAGGGGACGAGGACUGACUCAAGUUAGGCACAUUCUGAAGGUUUGUGCCCGCGUGAGCAUCGUGUGCUGCCGCUCCACUGUGUAGAGAAACAUGGCAGAUGGCGACACGCGCUUGCCCACAAUGUGGAGGAGAGUGCAAACCUGAACCAGAAAACCACGGACUUUCUGAUCGAUUAUUUUCCUCAAAUUCUUGUUACAGACCAUCAUGAUCAAACUGUUCAGUAAGGUUUUGCUCUCAACAUUUAUUUUUGUCGGUCGACUUAAAUUACUAAACUAGCCAAGUAAUAAUGCUGUAGAGGAAAGAAACGACAUCCAGCAUAACAUUACUGUUUUGACUUAUUUUCAGCAGUAAACGUGGCAUUGGUUAGAUAAUCAAAUAUAGCAUAGUUUUUACUUGAAAUAUUGAUCAUCUUAUUGCUAUAGCUCCAUGAAUCCACAAAGUGACAUUGUUUCACAGGUAUGAGUGACGGCUAGAUGUAUUGUGCAUUUUGUUAUCAAUUAGUUGUUGUUUACAUAUAUAUCACAAUUAGAAUUGUGAUAUAAAUAUUGUAACUUUUUAUCGGCUCCAGUAUUAUAUUGGAGCGCGAGGUUAUUUCUACGUGCGAAGGAGCGAGACGGCACGUUGUUUACAAGGGCAGACCGAGGCAUCGUUAAAUUUAGCUAGUUGACCAUUUGUAACGAACGCUCUUUUGUGACAGUGACCCACUGUGUAAUCCUAAUUUGUGAGUUCUUUUCAAAUAUCUGUUCUUGGGGGCGACUCUAUUUUAAUUUUAUUUUAACUCAAAGGGCAAUUUUUUUUUAAAGGAAGACACAAUAAAUAAACAUUUCAGUUUAUAGUGUUGUGAUACUUAUAAUUUUAUAGCUACUUUCCCUUUAAUUAGCUCACAUUUUCACAAACUUCUCAUAGAUUUACAUUGUCUCCAACAAACUACCAAAACUAAACUGAGAAGUUUUUAAAUUUGAUAUAUAUAUAUAUACCACACAGCAACGUUUUACCAUAACACGUUAUGUGGGCCAUCAAUUGCAUUGUAUUCUGAUUGCAAUCCAGAUGUUUUGGUGUGCAUUCCUCCCUGAGUUCCCUUUGUUCUUUUAUACAAACAAAGGAACCCUCAUCACAGCCUUUCUUUGCUCUAUGUAAAUAGGAAGGUUUAUAAUAGUUACUAUUAAGGAGAUUAUUUGGGUCCCCUAAUCUCCAAUCUCAGGAUUAACAGACGCUAUAUUGGUGUAUCCAGAUUGUGUCUUUCUUCUACGAGUCCCCUUAAUAGAGGAUGGGAAAUUGCAUUUUUUUGUACAAUAGUUUAAGUUUAUAUUGAACUUUUGGUUAUACAAUAAUUUUAUUAGACAAUCUAGUUUGAACAUAGACUCAUCAGAUAAUAAUAAUAAUAAUAACAAGCAUUUCGCUACACCGGCAAUAACACCUGCUAAAUAUGUGUAUGUGACCAAUAACAUUUUAUUUGAUUUAAUAGGCCUACAUUUUGGUGUGCCUGUUACAAACACGUGUUGACAAACCUCCCCAGAUUAUAUAUUUGUUUUAUUUUUAUUUAGUAGAGAUUUUUCAGUCUGACUUAUUUAUUUUGACGUUUUAUAUUUGAAGUAUUAUUUCUUAGUAGUCAACAUUUAGAAUAGUUCAGAAGUGAAGCAAAUCUUUUGUGGAAAAUCUCUUACAAUGGAGGAUUCAAAGGUACCCAAGAUUGACCCAGAUUUUGAGCCGCAAAGCAGACCUAGGUCGUGCACAUGGCCUCUCCCCAGACCCGACAUCUCAGCUGUUAAACCGGAGGGGGCAGACGGACCUGAAUCCGCUGCGGGAACCCCUCCCGCCGACGAGGAUAAGCAAGAGCAACAGCAAAUCGUAUGUGAGCCUGAGAAAGUUGUGGUCUCAGAGGGAGGAGUUGUAGCCGGAGUGGGUGGAGCCACGCCCCGAAAGGGAUCAUCCCGGCGCAAUGCAUGGGGGAACCAUUCCUACGCGGACCUGAUUAGCCAGGCUAUUGAGAACGCUCCAGAGAAGCGCUUAACCUUGGCACAGAUAUAUGACUGGAUGGUGAAAACUGUGCCUUACUUCAAAGAUAAAGGAGAUAGCAACAGCUCAGCAGGGUGGAAGAAUUCAAUUCGCCACAAUUUAUCACUCCACAACAAGUUCUUGAGAGUUCACAAUGAGUCCACAGGCAAAAGUUCCUGGUGGAUGCUCAACCCAGAGGGGGGCAAGACUGGGAAAGCCCCCCGGCGCCGUGCUGCCUCCAUGGACAACAGCAGCAAACUGCUAAAGAGCCGGAUGCGGGCCAAGCAGACCAAGAAGGCAGCAGCAGGCUUGGGCGGGACCACCGGGGGAGACGGUGAUGGUGUCGCAGACAGUCCCAACUCCUCCCAGCAGUUCCCCAAAUGGGGGGUGAACAGCGGCAGCCCCUCAUCCCGCGGUAGCCUAGACGACCCUGACAUGUGGACCAGCUUCCGUCCACGCACCAGCUCCAACGCCAGCACCCUGAGUGGCCGGCUGUCCCCCAUUGGUCCCGGCCAGGAGGAUGAGGAUGACCUGCCUGAGGAAGGUCUACUGGGCUACUCCACGGGCAACCUGCCGCCAACCCUCACCGAGACACUCAUGGAGGAGCUGGACCUGAUCGAUGGCCUGACGCUGAUGACAGAGCAGCAAGGAAGGGCUAGUCCCAGCACGGCCCCCAUGGUGCCCUCCACCCCUCUGCCCUCCGCUUCCACCCUGCUUCCCCGGGGGUCCGGGUUCCCCACAUUCCGUCAGCUGCAGCCACCCAACCUCUCCCAGGCCACCAACCAGAUUGGGGGACAGUCCUCAGGCACACAAUCUGGCAACAAUAACAACUCCAAACCCUCAAACUAUGGCAACUCCCUCUUCAACCCUAUGCCUACCCCCGGCUCCCAUGGGACUGGUCACUAUGGCACCCAUGUAGGCUCCAGCUUGGAGGCAUUGCUCACUUCGGACUCCCCGCCUCCCAGUGAUGUCAUGAUGACCCAGGUGGAUCCGCUGAUGCCCAGUCCGGGUGGAGUGGGGAUGAUGGGCAUGGGGGGGCCCAUGGUGGGAGGGCGGGCCAAGCCCAACCAACUGUUGCUGGGGAAGGGGCUUGAGCCCAACACUGUGGCACCCAUGGGGAUGCAAUCUCAACUCCAGUCCCAGCUCCAGCAGCAGCACUCUCAGCUGGGCAUGAGCCUGUCAGGCAUGGCCCAGGACUCUCCACAGUUCUCCGGCCUCAAAGCCCAGCAUGCACAGCUGCCAGGUAUGGGGCUUCACCACGGAGGGGGCCUCUCCGCCAAUGCAGGAGGAGGUCUGCCAGGGAUGGGCCAGUUCGGAACGCCGAGCUGCUUCCUGCCCAGUCAAGACCGCUUGCCCACCGACUUGGAUAUCGAGAUGUUCACAGAGAACUUGGACUGUGACGUUGACUACAUCAUCAACAGCGACCUCAUGGAUGGAGAGGGCAUCGAUUUCAACUUUGACCCCAUAAUCCAGGGUGGCCAAAGCUACUCCGGCCCUGCGACCACGCAGAGCUCCGCCCACAACUGGGUACCCAGCUAACUUCCCAGCAACCCUUGCAGUGUUAGCCAGGAGAUUAAUCAAGAACAUCAUGAAGUCAACAUUUGUAUUUGACUCUUUGUUGCGGGUAAGGAUCCCAAUCACACAAAAACUCAACGACACUCACAACAAAGAUCACACCUGGUGCAUUCCCAUUCCUCGUCUCCCUAUUGGCUGAAGAUCCGAAGCAAUUUUUUUAACCUUUGCGUUUGUACUUUUGAGUUUUCUUUGGAUUUAAGGACGAAACAAGACCUCAGACAUCCAUGUCACGUGCCAAUACAAGUGGAUGGUCAGGAGAUCCACCAUACAUGAGACACACCCCCCCCAGACACCCUAGUAACACUUGCAACUUUUGGGGAGUUUGCCGUAUGUAUUUUCUUGGAGUGUUUUUGAGAGAAGUAUGACAGAAUUUAUUUAGAGUAAAAAGACAAAACACAACAAACAACUCUAAACUACUUGGAGUUAAUAUAACAAUGAAUAUUAUUACUAUACCAAAGUAGUUUAAGGAUUGAUAUGGUACACCUCAUUGAUGUCUUUGAUAUUGAAGGUAAAAUGGACAGGGCACACAGGAAAACAUGGCCAGUUUUCGUAUAAAUUGUAGGUGGUAAACGAUUACCGACCACCCCCAACUUAGACAUAAAAUGAAGCUGCUGCAUCUGUAUAUAUGGAGGGAAUGUGGUUCAAACACAAAAACACUCCUCUGUACCUUCCCCAAUGAAAAUAUUGAGAAGUUGCAGCUGGACUAUGGACGGGUUGGUUGUAUGGCAACAAAACCAACGGGCAAAACAGAAAGGGCUGCAGCUGCGUGGGCCCAGGCCCAUCCAAACAGAUUGAGCAAAAAAAAUAAAUGAUAGUAACCGUCUUUUUACCUAAACAUGCAAACACCAUUAGAUAGAAUUCAUAGCAAGCAAUUUUCGGUCAGUUUUGUUGCCGACUAACUAACCCUCAUUAACCGGUCAACAAAUGGUUACAUUUUUCCCAAACAGUAAAAUGACAUGACCAACAGAAAAUAUCCUACUAUGCAUGCAUACAAGGAACGAACAUGUUUCAUUGUGAACUUAAUGGAAACAUGCAACAACAGCAAGCCUAUCGUCUUACAGUCAAAAGGCUAUAAUGUCUAUUAUUGAACGUUCAACUCCUGUAAUGAAGCAGUUAAUAAAACCUCCAUUUCAAACAUUUGCCAAAAUGCAAUUCGCGGGAAAACACCAUUCUAAACAGCACACCUAAUGCAAACGGUUCCAUAUGUGACAGAUAUGAAACUUAGAAUGAUGGGGAAUCUAAUAGCAACAACUAAGAUGGUUUGCUAGUAUGACUAUGAUUGUGUCUUUAGGUUCUGGACAACGAAAGAAAGAUAUGAAAACCAAUAGAGCAGUAGAAAAUUAUGGUUUAAUGGCAUGAGGAAAUCUUUAUAAAUAAUAUUUUCCUCCAUGUUUCUAUGGUUGGAUUUUGGCAAGGCUACUUUGAAGCAAGGUAAGACAUGCCUCAUUAUUUAAAGUAAAGUAAAACGAUCAGGUUUCAAACAAUUAUGCUGCCUCAAGCUCACAUUGUAAAGUGGUGGGUGACUUGCUGAUAGCCUGCCUACCGUUGACUAUAGCAUAUGCACUCAAAUGGCGAAUGGGAGGUGCACUUGAAUUAUGAGUUGAAUUUGAGAAAUAAAAAUUGAUAUUUUUAGCUGUGGCCAUCAAAACAGUUAACACGCAAUGACUGGGCUUAUAAAAUAAUAUUUCACUGCAGUACCAGCUUUUUGAGGAGCUACUCUCACGCUGUCUGACAGGUGGUAGGCUAUUCUGCUCCUCAAACUAGACUCUGUAUGCUGUGCUUGUGAUAACUAAGAUGCAUGACGACUAACAAAAAUAUACACACCAAUUUAAUUUCACAAAGUUAUGCAAAUUAACCUAUAGACCGAUAAGCAUGACUGAUCAAAUGUAUUUUCGGCGGCUAACCUAUUAACCGUUAACAUCCUUACAAGAAGUGCACUGGAAUAACAUUCAGAUUAACUGGAAUGACAUUCACUCUCAUGGGAUGGGUGGCCAAAAAUAACUAACUGAAAGCCACACUCCCAAUAAGCCAUGAAUAUGACCGCAUUGAGACAUAUGUCACUGUGCUUCUAUGACUAUGUGCAAUAUAUAAAUGCACCAUACCACUGCUUACUUUGUUAAUUUAGCAAACAAGACCGCUCAUAAUCCAGUGCCUUUUUUACAGUCAAUACACGUAUAUGAGUUUUAAAAAUGCUAAUUUUUCUCUGCCUCAUGACAAAAUAAAUAGAAUUGCCGUAAAUUAGGGGGGAACCAAUUCAUUUCUGGCUGCACUACUGCAUGGUUGGCUAAGAUUGUUGACAACAUGUAAACUAUAUUUAAUCUCCAAAUGUUUAUUGAAAACAGAAAUACAUUUGCACAAUGAGUGCUUGUCUCAUAGAUCGUCAGUCAAAACACAUUAAAACAAGACACGGUAUCAAGAACAAGAUAAAACUAGCUGAAAUGAGCCACCUACGAUUCCCCACAUGGCAACUUCUUGUCAUUGUUACUAGCCAUCUGACCAUUCAGAAUCAUAACAAAGCUCAGCUUCUGGCCCCAUUGUGCGUCAUUUUCGUGACGUCAGCCAACCUGUAUAACGCGGGCAAAGUGUGAAGAUGUUAAAGGUCAUUGGAUGAGACUGAGUUAAGGAUGCACGAUUUGACAUUGGACUCUGCAGGUUGACCAAACUUAGUUGAGCGUUUGGUCGCUUGAUGGUACGAAACAUGUGCUUUUGUUUCUUUUUCAUUGAAGAGACUGGAGCUACAAGGUAACUAGGUGUUAUUUAAUUGGUAAUUCAGUAAUUGAACAGUGCGGGGUAUGUGAUUAGGGCCGGGGGACGACACCAGUAUCGCAAUACUCCUUAGUAUCGUGGCAAGGAAAUAAAACACAAAGCAGAUUGAACUUCUUUAUCAAAACUAUCAUUAUGUUGUCAUCCAGGGUCACAUGUAUUUAUUUUCCAAGCUAAAGCACACAAUAUUUUACAUACAGCAGGUUUUUAAAGGACCAACAAGUUGGUCUACUUCGUGUUUUUAUUUUUGCCAUAGAAAAAAUAUUGCGACACUGCUAUCGUCCCGGCCACAUAUGUGAUAUGCAUUUACAGUUUGGCAUUCGUGACUCUGCUCAGUGUGUGCUAAAGCGCAGGGUGGAAAUAACUUUGGGGGAGUAUUAUUUUCUCUCCUGAUGUGCAAUUUCACCAACAAUAUGAAGAAAUGUGAAUUGUGAACUUUUUACAGGGGGCAUUCAAAGGUAAUUUUAUUUGCCAACAAUUGAUUUGGUUGGCCAAGUGUUAUAUCAUUGAAAGCAGUAUUCCUCCACUGCUGUAUGGGCCACUUGAAGGUUUUACAUGUUGUGUUUCAAGGCACUUGGGAGUAUUCCUGUCAGGUGGCAAGCAUACUCAAAUGGCAAAAGAAGAGCUGAAAUCCAAGUUUGGUUGAAUCAUUUCAUCAGAGGAGGAAGGUUGUAUACGUGCUAUGCACAUAGACAUGACAUGCUAUGCAGAUCAAUCAGGAGAAGUAAAAUAAGUCUUGAAGGAAAUUAAGAUCUCCUUUUGAAGGGUUUUGCUAUUUAAUGUUUUCCUUAAAUGUUAUAUCGCUUUAAGUAAGGGAAACCGGGGCUUCAUGUGGGAAUAAUUUCUCACUAAUUACACUUUGUUAUACAUUACUAACCGUUUUUUAAAUGAAAUUAAUACAAUGUGUGAAGUUUAAAAAAAAAAAAAAAAAAAAAAAACUAUAUUUGACUAGUUUAAUAUACAAUUUAGAUGGAGGUUAUAAGUGAAAUAUUAACAGAUAUUAAUAUAUUACUAAUCAGAAGAAGUAAAAAAUUUAAAUUGGAAAAACUAUUUCAAAGAUCAUUUUUAACAGUCAUUUUCUAUAUAUUCUUUUAUUUUUGUAAAAGAUGAGAUGCAUGUAGUUUUUAUACAUAACCAAAGGAACACUAAGAAUUGCAUGGCAGAUAAUGGGGUGCUUGGGACAAUGUAUUUCAGUGCAGAUAAGCUUUGCAAGUGGAGCCUGUUCAAAGACCUGUCGUUUUAACAAAUGACAAGGCAGGUGAGGUGAGGCCAAAUGCAUCCGUGGACCAGUAUAACUUGAUUUUUCAAAUUGACUUGCCACUUAUUUAGUUAAUUUGACUUGACUAUUGUGAAAUUUAAAUCCAAAUAAAAACCUCACAUGGAAUUUA